AUGAUGUCGAUUUCUCAAUAGUAAGAUGAGUAAGGCCCUUCAGACAUUAAAAAAAGUCUCAAUGUUCUAAUGCUCUAGUCAAAGGCCUAAUUAAGAAAUGCUGCUAAAAGCAUAGAUAAUUACAACAGUAUAUUAGAAAAAUAUACUCCAGAAGAUGAAAUCGAUUUAAUAGUGUUAGGGGAACUCGCUUUUACAGGUGGAAUUUUCUACUCUAAAGAAGAUCUUAUCAAUUAUAGCAUCACUUUUGGCUAUGGUGACCUGUUCAAAUGGUGCAAAGAGAUUUCAUAGAAGUUUGGAUGUUUUGUGAUAGCUGGCUAUGCGGAAUUUGAUAACUAUAAAUACUACAACUCAAUGCUUAUAGUAUCUGAUGAAGGAAUACCAUAUAAAAAUUAUAGAAAGUGUAAAUUAAACUAAACUUCAGAUAAAUUCUUUACUGCUGGAGCAGGCUAUGAUUUCGUAGAUAUUUAAUUCAAGAGAAUAAGCCAAUGGAUAAGGAUAGGUCUUGGAAUUGGAAAUGAUAUCUUGAACUAUGGAGUGUUUGACUAUGAAUCUAUGGAUUUUGCUGAAUUUUAGCAUUAUCACAAAGCUUAACUAAUAGUACUGAUAACAGCCUUCGAAGAACCAAGCUCUCUUUUUAACGAUGCUUCAAUAGCUUAAAUAUCAGCAACAACUUGGAUAAAUAGAUUAGUUCCAAUCAGGAAGUAAGCAGAAAAAGAAGAUAGAAAUAUAUAUUUUAUUGCUUGUAACAGAAUUGGAAAGGAAAACUAUUAGACAUUCACUGGAGGUUCAUGCAUUGUAAGAAUAGUUCCAAAGAUUUCAUUUAAGAUUCUGUAUCCUGGUAAAGUUGAGUACAGCUGUAUUUAGAAAAUAGAAAUAUGA